CCCCAUUGCCUGCCCUGGUCCAUCUUCUCGUUCCCGUUACCGGAGUCAACCUCAACGUCCUUCAUACACCGCCGCAUAAGCUCAGAGUAAUAAUCUCUAGACUCUGCUCAACAUCUCUACCCAGGCAUCGUCACCGUUCCUUCCUAUACCUCUCCAUCCCAAUCUCAGUAAUCACAACAUGAACUCGAUCCUGUCCACCUUCACGCCCGAUGCCUCGGGAACACCACCCAAGCAAACGGAUUACAUCCCCUGGUUGAAGCUCAACGAUGGCAACAAGAUUCCAAUGCUCGCCUACGGCCUGGGUACGGCCAACUACAAAUCUGGCGGCGCAAGCUUUGAUGAUAAAAUCGUCGAUUACACAGUCCAGGCCAUCAAAGUCGGAUACCGUCAUCUUGAUGGCGCGGAAGUCUACGGAAACGAAGAGGAGCUCGGCGCGGCUAUCAAGAAGGCCGGCGUACCCAGAGAGAAGCUGUUCGUCACCACUAAGAUCAGCGGAACCAAGAAGCAGGAUACCGAAGAAUCCUUCAAGCGUUCUUUGGAGAAACUCGGUCUUGAGUACGUGGAUCUCUAUCUCAUCCAUGCACCCUUCUUCGCCGACUCGGACGAGGAGCUCCAGCAGAAAUGGGCAGAUCUCGAGGCCAUCAAGGAGUCCGGCCGGGCCAAGUCCAUCGGCGUCAGCAACUUCCUCCAACCCCACCUCGAGGCCAUCUUGAAGACGGCCAAGAUCCCUCCUGCCAUCAACCAGAUCGAGUUUCACCCUCAUCUGCAGCACGGCGACCUGCUGGAUUUCCACCGCAAGAACAGGAUUGCCGUCUCUGUCUAUGGCCCCCUGACCGCCAUCACUUCCGACGUCGAAUCUUCCGUCAGGACCAUCUAUGCCAACUUGUCCAAGAAGUAUGGCGUGAGCGAUUCCAUCAUCGCACUUCGAUGGUGCAUCGACCAAGGUCUGAUCACCAUCACCACCUCUUCCAAGGAAGAAAGGCUCCAGAGUUAUAUGAAUCACCUGCCCGCCGUUAAGCUCACGCCACGGGAGGUGAAUGAGAUUGCAAAGGCUGGCGAGACCAAGCAUUUCCGUCGGUUCUGGAAGAAUAAGUUCGACCCCAACGAUAGGAGCUGAGCCAGUUCACUUUCCAGUUUUGUUUUGAAUUCUGAGGCUAUGGCGUCGAGCAGUUGUUUUUGUAGCCAUAGGUAAAUGCUUCAUGAGAAACCGUUACGUUUGCCACUGUUCUCUGCGACCGUGGCUGAGGCGGCUUAUAGAGUAAACAAUGAUGAGAAACGUCGUGAACUCUGCCGGCCUCCGUCAUU